AUGGCCUCUACCACCUCCCGAUCUACUACGAGACUUGCUCGUCAAGCUAUCCGAACUUGCUCGAACAAGUCCAUAGCUCCUUCCUACCGCCUCGCCGCAUCCUUCUCGACCUCAACAGCCCGCUUAACACAAGAUGUAGAGCAACGCCCACGAUGGUCCUAUACGCCGGAACGGAUGAAGGCCCCCUUCUCGCCUCAUAUCACAAAAGAUCCUUCUAGAUCGCAAUGGACAGUUAAUAAGAGCCCAGAGAAGCUGGAUGAUGCCUUAAAGAGAUUCCUAGGUCCCGAAGGAGAGCGCAUGCUACCCGACGAGCUUAAGUGGUUAGCUGUAACCCACAAGAGUUUUGACCAAGGACGAAGAGGUUUCAACGAUCGCCUAGCGUUUCUAGGUCGCCAAAUAUGUGUAUUCGAGUGCACACAAUCUAUUAUCAACUCCCCUUCUAGUUAUAAAGGGACCGAGAACGAUCCUUUUGCGGACCGACGAGAACCAUUUGAAGAUCCCGCUCUUCGUGGAGUUGACAACCUUUUCGAAACACAACCAAGCGACGUGUUCGACCUAAAAAAGCUAGCCAGGUUAGCUAUAGACACCGGAUUAACAGAAGUGGUGAGGUGGAAACCUCGAAUGCCGGAAAACAUUAAAGGAUCCGGAUUCGACCCGAUUAUGGCCGGUGCCGUAUAUGCUAUUGUUGGUGCCAUCGCGCUACAACGGGGAGGCAAGAUAGCUAGCCAGAUCGUGAGAAAGCGGAUAAUGAACAAGCUCCGGCCAUAA